AUGUCGCGAAGGCCUACCGAUGUGGCGUCGAAGGAGCGCAACGAAUACAUUCCUUCGUUCAUUUCGAAGAAGCCCUUCUACGUCGACGAUGACUCCUCAGCAAAUGACUACCUAGAGCAUCAGCGUCUACAGAAGUCGACAUCGGAUCAGUCGAAAUGGUAUGAAAGAGGCAAACGGCUAGGUCCGGCUGCUACGAAAUACCGAAAGGGCGCUUGCGAGAACUGCGGCGCAAUGACACACAAAACGAAGGAAUGCUUGAGUCGGCCGCGGAAACUCGGAGCUCGAUGGACAGGGAAGGAUAUACAACCAGACGAAGUGAUUCAGAAGGUCGAGCUUGGUUGGGAUGCGAAGCGGGACCGUUGGAACGGAUAUGACCCCGCAGAAUAUCGGAAGGUCGUUGAGGAAUACGAAGAGCUGGAGAACUUGAAGCGCAAGGCGAAGCAGGAAGCUGAGAAAAAGAACAAAUCUCAGGAUGGCGAGGACGAGAGUGACGAUGAACAGGAAGAGGCCCGAUACGCCGAGGAAUCGGACAUGGGAAGAAAGCAGAGUACAGCCACCCGGAAUCUGCGAAUUCGCGAAGAUACGGCGAAAUAUCUCCUUAACCUUGACCUUGAUUCAGCCAAGUAUGAUCCGAAGACAAGAAAAAUGGUUGAUAUGGGCGCGCAAGCAGAUCAAGCAGCAGCACUUGUAGCCGAGGAGAACUUCGUACGGGCAUCUGGUGAUGCUGCAGAAUUCGAAAAAGCGCAACGCCUCGCAUGGGAGGCGCAGGAACGGGGAGACAAAUCUUAUCAUCUGCAAGCCAAUCCAACUUCUGGCGAAAUCUUGAGAAAGAAGGAGAAGGCGGAAAAUGAAGCCAAACGUGAGGCUCAACGGAAACAGCUCCUUGAGAAAUAUGGUGGCGAAGAACAUUUGAAGGCGGCUCCGUCACAUGACGCUGCUGUUAUCGAGAAUGAGCGAUAUGUCGAAUACGACGAAACAGGAGCCAUUAAGGGAGCGCCAAAGAGAGCGGCCAAGUCGAAGUAUGCAGAGGACGUGCUCAUCAAUAACCACACGUCGGUGUGGGGAAGCUGGUGGUCUAACUUCCAAUGGGGCUACGCUUGCUGUCACUCUACCGUGAAAAACAGCUACUGUACAGGCGAGGAGGGCAAGAAGGCGUUUGAAGAGGCAUCGAAUAUGAUGUUGCUGGAAGAGCAAGAAGAAGAACCCGAACCCGAGGCAAACGGUACAGCGGAUUCGGGAAAGCAAGAAGAGGAAGCAAGUGAAGAGACCAAAAAGGGUGAAUCAGACACGAGAAAACGAGAUCUGCGUGCGAUGCAACUAGGAGUUGAUGAGGAGGAACUUGAAUCCUAUAAACGAAGUCGCUUGGCCAAGGAAGACCCCAUGGCCGCAUACUUAGGGAAGGACGAACUGAUUGAAUGA